AUGAACUUGAUAUUGUAAUAAAGAAAUGUGGGAACAGAGUUCAUGUCUUCAAUUAUACUGAGAGCAAAGGGAUAAAUGUGGAAAAACUGUUUCAUGAGAUAGAGAGACUGGUAGCUGAGCAUCAAGGACAGUGCUUUAAAAUUGACAGCAAACUGCUUGAAGAUAUGGAGGAAAAGAGAAGAAACGUGAAGAAACAAGCAGAAGAGAGAGAGAUUCAAGUAAAAACAAAGAUGCAAACCUUGAAACAUCAUCUAACAGAGAAAUUUUUCCCAGAAUUAAGGAUUGUCUUGAUGGGUGGCAAUAUUGUUGGAAAGACCUCAGUGAUGAACACUGUUCUGAAAAUUGAACAAGAGAAGAGGGUGACAAAAAAGUGUGUGAUGAGAGAGGGAGAGGUCAAUCAGAGAAAAGUCAUUUUAAUCGACACACCUGGAUGGUGGCCGUACGCGUCUGUAAAGGAGACUUCAGAGUCAGUCAAGCAGGAGAUCAUGUCAAGUGUUAGUAUGUGUUCACCAGGACCUCAUGCAGUUUUGCUGGUUCUGCAGUCUGGUGUUGCCUUUACUGAAGCACAGAGGAGGUCUGUCAAGGAGCACAUGGAGCUCCUGGGUCGAAAUGUCUGGAAAUACUGUAUAGUGGUGUUCACCAGGGGCGAAUGGAUGGUCACUAACACAACCGAAGAACACAUUGUGAGUGAAGGAGAGGCCCUGCAGUGGUUGAUCAAUAAAUGUGAAAACAGGUAUCAUGUACUGAACUACAUGGAGCAGGGGGAUAGAGAACAGGUCAGAGAGUUGAUGGAGAAAGUGGAGAUGAUGGCCAGAGAAAACACAGAUCUCCUGACACCAGUGGAAGCAGCGAUGGAGGAGACUGACAGCGGCUGGGGAUCUAUCUGGUCAGACCAAGACAAGUUAGAGAGAGGAAGCUAUACUCUUGAGCCACCUGAAAUGAACGAAGAAUACAUUGCAAAAUGGCUUGAAAACACAGAAAUUGUAUCUAACUACAGGACCUUCUCAGACUUCUCAAAAGACAUUUCAGAAGAUGUCACACUAAAUCAAGACCACUGAAGUUUUCAGAGGUAAAUACAGAAAACAGAAAUUGUAAAAUAAAGAACGCAAUUACAGUGUAUACACUCAAUUUCAUGCAGAAAUGUACAACUAAUUAAAAUGAUUUACUUGCACAACUAAGUUUUGUUUUAAAUUGUAAAUAUGGGUUUUACUGCUGUAAUCACCUCAACCUCAUGCCAGUUCCAUUCAUAUUGCAUGUGUAUUAAUCACAAAGUCCCACAAAUGUAUAUUCUGAUAAUAUACCUAGUG